AUGGAGUCACUGGAAACCCCUCUGAAGUUUCCGGAUGGCAGCAAUUAUGCACAACCCACCGGCAUUUUGAUCAACAAUGAGUUUGUCCCCUCGGUGGAUGCAUUGUUUUUCGCCAGCAUCGACCCAUUUACCCAAAAGCCGAUAUGCAACGUCGCCCGUGGCAAAGCCGCCGACAUCGACAAGGCAGUGGCAGCUGCACAGACAGCGUUUCCCGGGUGGAAAGCUACCAAGCCUGCAGAGAGAGGCAGGCUUUUGAGUAAGCUGGCGGACCUCAUCGAACGUGAUGUCGACAAGCUCGCCAAAAUCGAAGCCAUCGACGGUGGGAAGCCUGUCAAGGUUGCAAAGGAUGCCGACGUCCUCGCCGCGGCGGCAUGCUUUCGGUACUACGCUGGCCUGGCCGACAAGUUGAAAGGUGACACAAUCGAGACCGAUCCUGAUACAGUCAAUAUGACCCUUCGCGAGCCUUUGGGUGUUUGUGGUCUGAUUGUUCCGUGGAAUUUCCCAUUGCUGAUGUGUGGGUGGAAGCUUGGGCCGGCGCUCUGCGCUGGCAGCACCGCUGUGCUGAAGCCGGCAGAACUGACACCGCUGUCCGCACUAUUCCUCGGCAAACUGGUUGUCGAAGCUGGAUUUCCGAAAGGAGUGGUCAACAUUGUGCCAGGAUAUGGCGCCGAAGCAGGUUCAGCCCUGUCCGGACACCCAGAUGUGGCCAAAAUCUCCUUCACGGGAAGCACACAGACCGGCAAAUCUAUCCUUCGAGCUUCGGCCGACUCAAACCUGAAGAAGACAACGUUGGAGCUAGGGGGAAAUCACCGAGCAUCGUUAUGA